AUGAAGUCCGUGGCGCCCCGGACCCUCCUCCUGCUGCUCGCGGGGGCCCUGGCCCUGACCGAGACCCGGGCGGGCUCCCACUCCCUGAUGUAUUUCCACACCGCCGUGUCCCGGCCCGAACUCGGGGAGCCCCGCUUCUUCGCCGUGGGCUACGUGGACGACACGCAGUUCGUGCGCUUCGACAGCGACGCCGAGAACCCGAGAGUGGAACCGAGGACAGAAUGGAUACAGCAGAUAGAGCCCGAGUACUGGGACCGGCAGACACAGAUCUCCAAGAACAACGAACAGAUGAACCGCGUGAACCUUCAGACCGCGCUCCUCUACUACAACCAGAGCGAGGCCGGCUCUCACACCUUCCAGAGGAUGUCCGGCUGCGAGGUCGGGGCGGACGGGCGCCUCCUCCGCGGGUACCGGCAGUAUGCCUAUGAUGGCACGGACUACAUUGCCCUGAAUGAGGACCUGAGCUCCUGGACCGCGGCCGACACGGCGGCUCAGAACACCAAGCGCAAGUGGGAGGCGGAGGGUGUUGCUGAGCAAGACAGGGCCUACCUGGAGGGCGAGUGCGUGGAGUGGCUGCGCAGAUACCUGGAGAUGGGAAAGGACACUCUGCAGAGAGCAGACCCACCCAUAACACAGGUGACUCACCACCCAGUCUCUGACCAGAAGGCCACCCUGAGGUGCUGGGCCCUGGGCUUCUACCCCAAGGACAUCACACUCACCUGGCAGCGCGAUGGGGAAGACCUGAACCAGGACAUGGAGCUGGUGGAGACCAGGCCUACAGGGAACAGAACCUUCCAGAAGUGGGCAGCUGUGCUGGUGCCUUCUGGAGAGGAGCAGAGAUACACGUGCCAUGUGGUGCAUGAGGGGCUGCCUGAGCCCCUCACCCUGAGAUGGGAGCCUCCUCAGCCCACUGUGCCCAUGUGGGGAGUUGUCAUCAUUGCAGCCGUCCUGGUAGUUGUGGUCAUUGGAGCUGUGAUGAUGAUUAGGAGGAAGUGCUCAGGUGGGAAACGAGGGAUCUACACUAAGGCUGCAGGUGGGGACAGUUCCCAGGGCUCUGACUCCUCUCUGAAAGUUUGAAAGUGUGAGACAACCGCCUUGUUGGGACAGACCUGCUGAAGUCCUCAUCUUGGUUUUCUUCAAAAAGCCCUGCCCUCCCUUCCUGCCAAGGCAGCUGAGUGUGUUCCUGUGGGCACAGUGUGAGGUGGGAGCCUGGCCCUCCCAGCCCAGCACGGGCACCUCUGACCCUGUCUCAAGUCAGGUGCAUCUGCUGCAGCUUCAUCCUACACUGUACAAUUCAUUUUUAACAAUUCCAAUCACCAGGUG